AUGGAUGAGAUUGUUGCAAUAGAAUAUGAAGCGUAUGCUUUAUCAGGGCUAUUAUUGGUAGCGGUAAUGGCCACUUCAAUAAUAAUCUUUAAACAUAAUAAUCCUGCUCAACUUAUUUCAAGAAGUUCUUUGAAGGAUAUUAAAACGAUGUUUAAGUUAUUCUUUAUCUCAUUAUUAGUUUUAUUAAAUAUGAAUCUUAUUAUAACUUUUGUCAGUCAACUAUUCAUUGAUAUUCAAACACAUUACAAUUUAGUUGAAUAUUAUUCUCAUACUUUUAAUUUAAGACAUAGCCCUAUUUCUGAAGAAGUUACUAAACUUCAUUUCAAACCAGUUGAGUUAUUAACAUUUUCAAAUAUGGAAGAUCACUUUGAUAUUGAUGUUUCAUUUCCUAAACAAAAGAAAUUUGAUGAAGAAGAAUUGAGUGAAUUCUUUACUUUCAAAUGUCCUAAAAUCUCAUUUUAUGAUAAAAACUCUUUAAGUUCUUCAACUGAAAUGACAAAAUUAGAUGUCGAGAAUGAAAUGCUAAAAAUUAGAAAUCUUGCCAUAGACAUGUAUCAAAGAAAUGAAUAUCCAUUAUUACAAUACGCUUUUGAUGAUCAUGAAAGUGAAACUCUAGAAUAUAUUCUUGAAAGAAAAUGGUUUAAAUUUUGUUCAGCUCCUGUUUGGAUGGAUAAAUAUGGAGUUUAUAUUGUUAUUAAUAGAGUCACAUAUUGUCCUUCUAAAAAUUAUAAAUCACCAAAACUUUCAUUAUUAUAUGCUCAGAUCUUAGAUAAAGAUUGGAAUGAAUUGGAAGACUAUACUAUAGAUGAUAUUCAUGGUGAACCAAUCGUUUUCCCUGCUAUCUUCCCAGCUAGUAUGGAUGAUGUUGGUGAUAAACAGUUUUUAGGUCCUGAAGAUCCACGUAUAAUUAUCAGAGAUUAUUUUAAUGAAAAAACUCAAAAAAUGGAUCAAGAACCAGUGAUUAUUUUUAAUACAAUUCUGAAAAAAUUAAAACAAGCCAGAGCUAUGCAUAUUUAUAGACCAUUUACUCAUCGAACUAGAGUUAGAAGAUUUGAUAUUCACGCUGUUAAACAUAAACCCAUUGAAAAGAAUUGGGCACCAUUUUUCAGUACUGAUAAAGAAUACAUUUAUUUCCUUUAUAGCUUUUUACCAUUCAGAAUCAUAAAAUGUAAUAUUGAUAGUGGAAUUUGUCAUACCGUAACUGGACCCGAGGUCGAUCCUGAAGCUUCUGGUUCUGAGCUUUCUGGAAGUACCAAUUUAAUGGAAAUUCCUUCAAAUCUUUUACCAAGUGAUUUAGCUAAACAUCGAAAACUUUGGUUUGGUAUAAUCAGAUCUCACAUUCAUGGCUGUGGAUGUAUGGAUCAUCUUUAUAGAUUCCAUGCAAUUUUGAUAUCAACUCGUGUGGAUGAUCCAAAUGAUAAAUUUACUAUUGAUUACACCACUUCAUUGUUGGACUUUAAUAUCAAUCCUGAAUCUUUUGAAACAGAAUUAGAAGAUUACAAAUGUGAAGAUGGUAAAUCAGUUUUAAUUCCAAAUUCAAUUGCAUAUUGGGAUUUCAUACCUAAAAAUAUGACUAAUGAAGAAAAUCAAUAUGGUGAAGAUAUUAUGGGUAUUGCGUAUUCAGAAGCUGAUGAAGAUAAUAAAGUCAUUCAUGUUAAAGGAUGGUUGAAACAUCUUACUAAAAUGUUAGAUGGUGAUAGACAUAAGUUUAAAACUCAUUAUUUAAGAGAAUCAAAGAAUAACUUAGAAUCAAAUUUCAUAAGUCAAUGUUCAGUAAUCGGCAAGGCAGAAUAUUGUAAAUCUGCAGAAAAGAAAUAUGAAUGGUUAAGUAAACCGUUUCAAACUGAUGUUAAAUUUAGAGAAGAAGCUGCUAAAAAGGAAAAGGAAAGAUUAGCAAAUGAAAGAGCUAAGAAGAUUUUAUUAGGACAAAUGACCCCAAACGAUUUAGAAGCUUUAGAAAAAAACCAAAAUAAUGUAAGCUAA